GCCUUCACAAUGUUUGGGGACUUAUUUGAGGAGGAUUUUUCGUUUAUAUCAAAUGAUCAUUGUGGAAAAGGGAAGAAAUCAAAGCCCAGAGAUUCUGAGCCUCCACCUCCCAGGGAUUUCACCAACCUAAGUGGUAUCAAAAACCAGGGUGGGACCUGCUACCUCAAUUCUCUUCUGCAGACUCUGCUUUUCACACCUGAAUUUAGAGAGGCACUGUUCUCUCUAGGACCCGAAGAACUUGGGACUCUGGAUGGUAGAAAUAAACCUGAUGCCAAGGUUCGAAUAAUUCCAUUACAGCUUCAACGGUUAUUUGCUCAGCUUCUGCUUUUGGACCAGCAGGCUGCAUCUACGACAGACCUUACUGAGAGCUUUGGGUGGAACAGCCAUGAGGAAAUGAGGCAGCAUGAUGUGCAGGAAUUAAAUCGGAUCCUGUUCAGUGCUUUGGAAACUUCCCUUGUGGGGACUUCAGGUCAUGACCUUAUUAACCGUUUGUACCAUGGGAUUAUUGUCAACCAGAUUGUUUGUAAAGAAUGCAAGAAUAUCAGCGAGAGACAGGAGGAUUUCUUAGACCUAACGGUGGCAGUGAAAGGGGUUGCUGGCUUGGAGGAGGCCCUGUGGAACAUGUAUGUAGAAGAAGAGUAUUUUGAAAACGAGAACUUGUAUCGGUGCGGAGCCUGUGAUAAACUCGUCGAAGCCUCAAAGUCUGCUAAACUGCGCAAGUUACCACCUUUUCUCACCAUUUCUCUCCUGAGAUUUAACUUUGACUUUGAGAAGUGUGAACGAUACAAGGAAACAAGCUGCUAUACGUUCCCCAUCCAGAUAAAUCUGAGGCCUUUUUGUGAACAGACUGAAAUGGAUGAUUCAGAGUACAUGUAUGAGCUCUUCUCUGUUAUUAUACAUAAAGGUGGCUGCUAUGGAGGACACUAUCAUGUUUAUAUCAGAGAUGUGGAUGAAUUAGGAAACUGGCAAUUGCAAGAAGAAGAGGAUAGGCUGAUUGAAGAUAAGGCUUUAAGAGAUUCUGAAAAUGGUGAAGAAGAAGAAGAAAAUCCCUUGGCUGUGUUGAAAGGGAUUUUAUCAGAGGAAGAAUCUAAGCAAAUUCCUGUGGAUCAAUUAGGGCAGAAACUAUUGGAGAAAAAAGGAGUGUCCUGGAAUAAGAAAUACCGAAAACAACAUGGAGCAUUACGAAAGUUUUUGCAGAAUCACCCUCAGAUAUUUCACUUUAGUCCCGAUGAAAACAAGGUUGGUCUGAAGGAAAAGCACAAGCUCCCAUUGAAGUCACAUUCUCAAGGCCAAGAUCUCCUAAGCCCUCCUCAGAAGAAUGAUCUCCAGUGGAAUUCAGAAAAAAGCCCUACCAGGCCAAGGGACAGUUCUGUUGGUUGCCAUUGGUUUGAUCUAAAUGAUUCCAAAGUCCAGCCAAUCAAGGAGAAGGAUAUUGAGAAGCAAUUUCAGGGUAAAGAGAGUGCCUACAUGCUGUUUUAUCGAAAAUCUCAGUUAAAAAGACCACCUGAAGCACGAGGAAAUCCAAGGUACCAAAUUCCUGAACACCUUCUGAAUGAAAUGAAUGCUGCUAAUACUGAGCUACAAAAAAAGAGAGCGGAAUGUGACUCAGCAAACAAUGGCAUAGAUUUACAUCUCCACUUGAGCUCAUGUUACAAAUUUCACAAUGGGGCUUUGCAUCCUUCCCUUACUUGGAAAGAAAGUGUUGUGGAUUUGACUGUUGACAGAAGAAAAACACUAGGAGAACUUCGACAAUCAGUUUUCCAGAUGCUGGAAUCUUGGGAAGGAGACAUGAUUCUUAGUGUUGCCAAGCCUUUACCAGCAGGACUGCAUCUUUACCAUAUACUUGAUGGAGAUGAACUGAUGCUGGAUCACAUUGGGCUGGCUGAUGGAGCAGACAUCUUCGUGUGGAAUGGGAAAGAGGUUGGUGGGACGAAGGUAAUGACCGGCCCUGAUCACGAGCCUGUGGUCGUAAACGUUCUUCGGUUAGCAGAGUACAACGAAGGAGGGAAGGGUCAGCACUUCACAGAAUCUCAGCACGUCUGUUCGUGCAGCACAACGCUGGGGGAUCUGCGCAGGGCCCUAGCACCAUCGGGAGGAAUCGUCUUAAAGAACAGCUCAGGACCAGACAAAGAAGCCAAGAACUGGGAAGUUUUUCUUGAGGAGGAUAUGAAGGAAACAAUCAAAAGUGUUGGUCUGACAGAUGGAUGCUCAGUGCUAAUCUUAGACAGCCAUGACCAGAGCUUUGUGAAUGUGUCAAGUGGCAAUUUAACUGCUUUUACCUAUGACAUCAGCUGGCUCCAAGUUAAAAACUUCUGCACAAUGGACGGUGAAGAGAAGCAUGUUAAAAUCACUGCCACUAUUGAAACAGUGAUGUCAGAUAUCAAAAUGAAAGCAAUACGUGAGCUUCACCUAGAAGAGGAACUAGCAAAUGACAGUUGUCUUAGACCUGUCAGUGCAAAUGGGAAACUUCUGUCUCCAGUGCCUGAGGAUUAUACUGUAAAGGAAGCAGAACUGAAAAUGGGAAGCUUGCUAGGGCUGUGUCAUGGGAAAGCUCCAACUUCCACACAGCUCUUCUUAUAUUUUAUUGUUGGGAGUGACCAGAAUGCGAGUUCUGAGAUGGAAAUAGUUGUGGAGGAGACAGCCUCUGUCAAAGAGUGUCUAAACUUAAUGCUGGAAAAGGCUGGAUUAUCAGGUGACAACUGGCAUUUGAGGAGGAUUGACUGGUGCUAUGAAGCAGGGGAAGCAUUAAGUCAGGAAAAUGCCACUCUGAAGGAACUUAAUGUUUGCAAAGGAGAUACUUUGGUUCUAACUGAAGGAAAGCUUCCACCAAAGGGUUUCCUGAAAAUACCCAUCUGGUGGUUGCAGUCUUCAAGUCAUAAGAAACAUGGAGGAAAGGCACAUGACCAAGUGAAUGGGUUGACCUGCAAGAUGGAUGCGUUGCAGCUGUGUCCUGCAGGAAAUGUGCCAGAAUGCAUCCACACAGACAAGGACCUUUGUUACGCUGGCAGUAUAGAAAUAGCAGGAGAAGCUUCUUUGGAAGAUCUGAAGAUGCAGGUUUUGACCUUACCAUGCUUUCAACAGCAGAUUGUCUCAUUGCCCUCGUUUCUCAGAGCAUGGACAGUGGACAGUAAGCGCCCAGGCAAGCUUUUACGAAACAACAAGCAGCACCUCAAUGAUUAUAAACUGGGUGCCAGAGUGGAAAUUUGCAUAGAAGCUUUGCAAAAAGAAGAGAAUUUAGGCCCCCAUGAGCUGCUGCUUCGAGUCCAAAUGAGCAUACCAGGGGAGAGGGACUACCAUGACUCUAUGGAUUUGGUGUGGGAUAUCUCCAAAGAAUGCACAGCCUGGGCACUAAGGCAACGAGUGGCUUCCCACUAUUGUCUCCCUGUAGAUAAAAUUGAAAUCGCCAAAUACUUCCCUGAAAGAUUUGAGUGGCUGCCAAUAUCGAGCUGGACACAGCAAAUCUCAAAGAGGAAACGGAAGAAAAAACAGGAGAGUUUGCAGUCAGCACCUUACCACCUGAAAGAUGGAGAUAUCAUUGGGGUGAAGAAUCUUCUCCUUGAUGACACUAAGGACUUCAGCACAGUGAGAGAUGAUGUUGGAAAGGAGAAACAAAGGCAGCUUGCAUUAGAAAAAAAGAAAAGUCGGAAAGCCGAACGCUUACAGGACCAUAUUUUCCCUGAGGAGAAGCAGAAUAUUAAGCACCAUAAACCAGAAGUGGCUCUUUCUAUCAAUGUGGGCGUUUUCAGAUAG